AUGUUGCGCACAGCGUUAUUAUGUCUAAUAUUAGUCGUAUCAUUAUCAUCAUCAACAUCAAUUAUUAAAAAAAGUCUUAAACGUCGACAAGCUGAUUCUCAACAUUGUGAAGCUAUUACGGGUUUCGAUUGUAAAUGUAACUUUUAUCGUGUAACAUGUACAAUUGAUCAUGAAUUACCAUCGCCCAUACAUAUUGUAGACCAUGAAAAACAGAAAUAUCAAUCUGUUGAAUUGGUUAUACAAGCUCCACGUGAUAUUCAUGUUAAUGAUCAAACAUUUGAACCGGUUAAAGAAUUAUAUAAAUCUGAUGGAGAUAAUUUAGAAUUUCGUAUUAAAUUCGAAAAAUUUACUGCACUUCAUUUAUCAUCACCUUCAAUCUUUAAUCGGGUAUUUCCUGAUAGUUUACCAGCAAAUGCACGAAAACAUUUGGUAAGAUUACAAAACAUAUAA